AGUCGCUAACUCCAGCGAUGCGUCCUAGUUUGGAAUUUUCGGUGAAACCAGACAUCGUCUACUGGACCGGUGGCCGCAUCACGACGGUGACUCUGACUGUGCUCGGUUGUAUGGUGCAGACCGCAUCGUAUUCAGUGUUGGCUCCUUUCUACCCAAGCGUUGCGAGGAGUAAGGGCAACGAUGCGACUCAGAUCGGGAUCGUGUUCUCGGUUUAUGCAUUUGUGGGAUUCAUCAGCAGCCCCUUCAUCGGUAGAAUGCUUUCCUCCGGAAUUACUGUCAAGUCCGUCAUGUUGCUCGGCCUCGCCUUAGAUGGCCUGUUCCUCACCCUGAUGGCCUUCCUGUCGGCGAUUGAGUCCUCGAUGCUUUUUUUCGUUGCAUCCCUAGUGAUCCGUUUUGUCGAAGCCAUCGGAUUCUCUAUGUGUCUCACAUCGUACUACACUCUGAUAUCCGCUCAGUUCCCGGACAAAUUACAGAUCAUGGUGCCGCUGAUAGAGACAGUUUUCGGAUUUGGAAUCAUGAUUGGACCCGCGGUGGGCGGUCUGCUCUAUAGCAUUGGGGGCUAUCGUCUACCCUUCCUGGUGUUCGGAACAAGCAGUCUGCUUUUCGCUGCCCUGACUUUGAUCCUGCUUCCGGAUGAAGGGAAGACGGGAAUAACUUUUGACGACGCACUCGACGAAGAGAAGCAGCCGCCGAAAUUGAAAAUCAGAACCCUUCUGAAAGACCACCGAAUCGUGCUCGAUCUUAUCGCUGUGAUAGUUUGCUGCCUAAUAAUAGGAUUCAACACUUCUACGCUGGCCCUGUGGAUCGAGCGAUUCGAUCUUUCCAUAUCCAUGAGCUCUCUGAUCUUCCUCACGUACGGGAUAGUGUACGGCACUUCAAGCUUCAUCAAUGGACUCAUCUCGGAACGAUUGGAGCUCUCCCGAACCUCACACCGAUCAUUUCAGGAGGACUGCAGGAUCCUGGUUCUGAUUGGGGGAGUAAUUUUUUGUUCCGGAAUCUCGCUCCUUGGCCCUCUGCCUUUCUUCCCGAUUGAAUCCUCGCCAUGGCUCAUAAUUCUCGGCCAAGUCCUCAUGGGGAUCGGUAAUGGGGCCAUCUACAACCUCAGCUAUGUUCACGCUCUGAAAUACGUCAUAGCCCGCAUGAAGUAUGCUCCGAAUCCCGCGACAUAUGCUCUCGUAGCAUGCCUGUUUUCCACAGGCUUCUUCUUCGGAGCAUUCAUGGGUCCGAUCCUGGGAGGAGUUCUGUUCGAUACGGUCGGGUACCGGUUUGCCAGUCUCUUCGUCUUCUCGCUUGUCGUGAUUCCGAUGCUCCCCAUGUAUCCCUUAGUGAUUCGAGAUCACGUUCGUAAAGUCGCACAGAGCUCUCCAGAUCCCGCAAUCUCAAGAGGCUAACCAUAUUCAAAGAGAAGAUUUCUCAAUCAUGACUGUAUACAUGUACAUAAGACACCACCAUAUAAAGUUAGGUUCACUUGAUUCAUUUAACAUUCCAUAAAUAUAUGCAU